AUGCACUUCCAGUGGGACUGGCUGUGCUUGAGUGUCCUGAUAAUUAGCUCAGUGACUGCAGAAAUUGAAAACGAAGAAACUCUGGAUGCAGAUGUUGAAGUGGAGGAUUUUGACAAGCAGUCUCAAGAUGCUGAUGUUGACAGAGAGAAAUCUUCCUUAGAGGUAGUGUACCAGACUCCAAAGCCAACUGGGGAAGUGUAUUUUACAGAAACCUUUGAUAGAGUGUUGGCUGGGUGGGUGUUGUCUAAAACCAAGAAAGAAGACACAGAUGAUAACAUUUCUAAAUAUGAUGGAAGAUGGGAAGUAGAAGAGCUGAAAGAAAACACAGUGCCUGGAGAUAGAGGAUUAGUGUUAAAAUCAGUGGCAAAGCACCAUGCAAUAUCCACUAUGCUAACAAAGGCAUUUGUUUUCGAUAAUAAACCUUUGAUUGUUCAAUACGAAGUGAAUUUUCAAGAAGGCAUUGACUGUGGUGGUGCAUAUAUUAAACUUAUCUCCAGUAGUGAUGACUUGAAUCUGGAAUACUUUUUUGACAAAACACCUUAUACUAUUAUGUUUGGACCAGAUAAAUGUGGAGAAGAUUACAAACUACACUUUAUCUUCAGACAUAGGAAUCCUAAAACUGGAGAAUAUGAUGAAAAACAUGCGAAACGUCCUGACGUAGACCUAAAAAAAUUCUAUUUGGACAAGAAGACGCAUCUAUAUACUCUUGUGCUAAAACCAGAUGAUACAUUUGAAAUGCUGAUUGACCAAUCGGUUGUCAGUAAAGGAAGUCUCCUUGAGGAUAUGGUUCCUCCAGUAAACCCUCCCAAAGAAAUAGAGGAUCCUAGUGAUAAGAAGCCUGAUGAUUGGGAUGAGAGACCAAAAAUACCUGAUCCAAAUGCUGUCAAACCAGAUGACUGGGAUGAAGAUGAGCCUUCCAAAAUAGAAGAUCCUGAUGCUGUUAAGCCUGAGGGGUGGCUUGAUGAUGAACCACAGUAUGUUCCAGACCCUAAUGCAAAAAAACCAAAGGACUGGGAUGAAGAAAUGGAUGGGGAGUGGGAAGCCCCUCAGAUCCCUAAUCCAAAGUGUGAGACUGCACCUGGUUGUGGACGCUGGGUGCGUCCCAUGAAGAAUAACCCAAAUUAUAAAGGAAAAUGGAAAGCACCUAUGAUAGACAAUCCUAACUAUCAGGGCAUCUGGAGCCCUCGGAAAAUUCCUAACCCGGACUAUUUUGAAGAUCUUCACCCGUUCAAGAUGACCACUGUCAGUGCUGUUGGUUUAGAACUCUGGUCUAUGACAUCUGAUAUCUACUUCGAUAACUUCAUUAUAUGUUCAGAAAAAGAAGUAGCAGACCGUUGGGCAGCAGAUGGCUGGGGCUUGAAGAAAUUAGUAGCAAGUGCUAAUGAGCCUGGUAUGUUUAGUCAACUGGUGACUGCUGCAGAAGACCACCCAUGGCUCUGGGUUCUUUACAUCUUGACUUUGGCUCUCCCUGUUGGUCUAGGUGUGUUGUUCUGCUGGCCAGCAAAGGUUAGAGAAAUUUACUAUGAAGAUACUAAGCCAAUUGCAAAGAGAGAACUAAAACAAGAGAGACAGGAGUUAGAAGAUGAUGAAAUAGAAUUAGAAGAAGAAAAAGAAAACGAAGAUAUUGCAGAAGACGAGGAUGAGGGUGAAGGUGGUGAAGAUAUUGAUGAUGAUGAAGAAGAAGAAGAAAAUGAAGUUGCAGAUGGAAGUCAAGAAGAAGGUGAUAAGUCAAAUAAAUCUGGUUCAGAAGAUGAGAUGAAAGAAGCUGACGAAAGCACAAGUUCUGGAGAUGCUGCAUUGAAAUCAGUGCGCAAAAGAAAAGUACGGAAGGACUGA